UCAAAAGGCAGCCAUUGCUGAAAAAUAUCGCAUUCGGUGAGGUUGCGUGAAAAGUGAAGAAAAUCGAGAAAACAUUUGGAUAAAACGCAGGUUGAUCGGCUGCCGAAGCUCAGUAGCUGGUGCUGCAGCAUACUUUCCAACGUCGGCAACGAAAGAAGAACAGAAGUGAAGCGGGGCGGGGAGCGAAGAGUGGACGACACCAUAAUACGAUCGUACAUACAGACAUAGACACACACACACACCCGGGCAUCUCCCGGCUAUCUUCGGUGUGGGAAGUGCAUGCUCACUAGGUAGGAUCGCCAGAUCGUCUUCCGACUCUACUAAUCUCGUCGGUGGCAUCACUAGCAAGAAGUCAUCACCAGCGGCCAGAAGAAAGGGGUCAAAGCACGAAAGAAGCGGCGGUGUGCGAAGAGCGAGCGGGACGGCAGCAUGGCUCAGGCAACGGCUUCUACGACCGGCGCCCGGCAACCGUCCGGUGGUGAAGAUCUGAUGCCCACAACACCCACGGACGAUGAGAAUCUCUUCAUCAACCCGUCCGAUGGCCUACCGAACGAACAUCCGGCCCUGCCGAGCGCAUACGAUUCCGACAACGAGUCGAACCCGGUGGCAGACGACGAUCUGUUGGACGAUCUGCCAACGUCGAUCAUAGUGACCAACAUCCACUCGGAGGUGUUCGCCGACGAGACGUUAAAGGCGAGCCUGGAGGACCUUUUCCGGACGUUCUCCGAGCACACUACCUUCCAGUGGCUGAAGAGUUUUCGGCGGUUGCGUGUCAACUACGACAGUGCGCUGGCGGCUGCAAACGCCCGCAUCCGGUUGCAUCAGUAUCCGUUCGGCAAGUCUGUCAUCAACUGCUAUCUGGCACAACCGGUGACGCCGGUAUCAAACACGAACCUUAAGCCGCCUGCGCCGGUCAAGCAGUUCCUCAUAUCCCCACCCGCCUCGCCGCCGGCUGGUUGGGAGCCAGCCGAGGAGGGAGAACCCUUAGUCAAUCACGAUCUACUGGCAGCACUGGCGAGUCUAACGCCGGGCGAAAGCCAUGAAAUCCACGCCCAAUCCGAGCACCAUCCGGGAAUCAUACUGCACACUGCGGCGGAACAGCUGGAAGCAGCCGCAGCGGCUGCUGACGGUGCCGAUGAUGACGAGACGGGCGGAAAAUCGUCCAGCAUGGGUAGCAGCUUCGAGGACGAUGAUCCGGAUAAGGAAAAUUCGCCCGUCGUCGGGGCGAACGUGCGCAAAUCACGUAUCGUGCAAACACGCUGCCCCGAACGUAAAGGCUCCACCUAAAUUGGGGGAUUUUCCAUUGCUAGAUUUCUGCUGCUCGAUCCUCGAAAAGACGGAUUGGCCAGUACUCAAAAUCGGGGCGUGUUGCCACCGUUCUGAAGUGAAAUCCUUCCUAAAGGGUUCAAUGAUGAGUGGCAUGUAAAAAUGGAAUGGCCCUAAAAUAUGUUGAAUAUUGAAAUUCGAUUCUUAUUUUAAACAAGUUCGCAUUGGUCGCCGAUCCCCAUUUAGUCUUGUUUAGAGGAAGGCGAAUCGGUUGUAGCAUAAAUUGCAGUAAAGGUGCAGAAAGAAUAUCAUUAUUACGAUAUCAGUCCGCGAGUCGGUCGCCCUAAAUAUGUACGAUACAAAUUAUGAAGUUAUCGGUUGCGUUUACUUGUUAUUUUGAUAAGGUUGCGUGUUAGAUCCAAUUUGGAUAUGAAUUUUUCUUAUAGAGAAAACAAGCAAAAAUACGAUACAUUAAGCAUGCGCGUCUCUAUCAAUCAGAAUUUAUUUGGGUAACGUUUUUGUUGUUUUGAUUUCAUUGAAUUGUUUUAUUGUGGAAUGAAGCGAAUGAUACGUAUCGCAAAGUUGAUACUCAUGGUGAAGGAGAGCGAAUUCUCAAAUGUACAAGCUGUUCUGCUAUUCUUAUGUGAUUUUUCACCUUUAACAAUAAAAUCUGUUUAGUUGUAUUGUGAUAUAUACGCAUAUUUUUUGUAUUCAAAUCGCUCUUCUGCAAUCCAUUUAGUCAU